AUAGGCAAACGUUACAUUUUAGUGGCGAAAUUUCAACAAAACUCGAAACAAAGCGGUGUAGACUAAUCCGAAAGCGUAUGAUCUGUUGAAAAUUUGACAUGGAUUUGAAGAUUCUUCUUUUGGGAGCAGUGCUUUUCGUAUGUGCGAACUCAGGGCGUUUGCCGGUAGCGUUAAGCAGCAGCAGCGUAGACUGUUCCUUGCCGAGCAAUCAAGUAAUUCUCCAUCCCCAUCCUACCGAUUGCAGCCAGUACCUCCAAUGCGUCCAUGGUAGUCCUCUAGAGAGACCAUGUGCUCCAGGAACAGAGUUCAGUCCCACCGUUGGUGUUUGUGUACACAUCGGUACAUCCGGAUGUACUGCUGGUUCAGAACCUGAGCUAGAAGAAGAACCUCAGCCAGAGCCAGAGCCAGAGCCAGAGCCAGAGCCAGAGCCAGAGCCAGAGCCAGAGCCAGAGCCAGAGCCAGAGCCAGAGCCAGAACCAGAGCCGGAGAUAGAGCCCGAACAGGAACAGGAACCUACACCAGAACCUACACCAGAACCUGUACCCGAAUCAACGCCGGAACAGGAACUGAUACCAGAACCUAAACCGGACGCUGAAGAGGAAACAGAGAAACCUGAAUUUACAACUCCCGAAGAAGUCGCCGAAGAAGAAGUAUCCGAGGAAGUACCAGAAAGUACGCCCUUGCCAGAGAUCGAAGUUGCAACUGAAGUAACUACUGAGGCAGUCGAUGUAACCACUGAACCGGCUUUGAAAGAAAAUGAAGACAAAGAUGUUGAAUUGCCAGAACCAACAACUGAAGAAUUGACUACAGAAAAGCCCGUAGAGCCUCCAGUUGAGGAACCUGAAUCUCCUGAGCUUAAACCCGAAGUACCAGAGGAGGAAAGCGCCGAAGUGAUUGAACCCGAAGUACCGGAAGAGGAAGAACCUGAAGAAAUUGAACCUGAAAAACCGGAAGAAGUAGAUCCCGAAGUGAUUGAACCUGAGAAACCAGAAGAGGACGAUUCUGAGGAAGCUGAGAAAUCUGAAGAGAAAGAUUCUGAGGAAGCUGAGAAACCAGAAGAGGACGAUUCUCAGGAAGCUGAGAAACCUGAUGAACCAGAGCCAGAAAAUGAUUCUGAGGAGUUGGAAGAAUCAGCAGAAUCUGAAGAACAGCAGGAGACAGAUUUAUAUACUGUCUGUGCUGAACACGCAGACAGAUUCUAUGUAACUGCCAACCCUAACAGCUGCACUAGUUUCGUGAUUUGUAACUUUGGCGAGCCCAUUAUCAGGGAUUGUCCCGAGGGUCAGAUAUAUAAUUCGGUCAUCAACAGCUGUUCUACCAGUGGUACCUGUUCAGUUUAAGCAGUAAACGGAAAAUGCGUAUACACUCACUAUAAAAUAUUUGGCUAAAUAUUUAUUUUGAUAUUUGUGCCAAAUUGUAUAUAUGUAUAUGAAUAAAUAUUAUGAAGAAGUGA